AUGGACAGCGGCUCCAGCACUCUCAACGGCGCGGUCAAGAUGGACAAGGUCAUUCGGCAGCUCCAGGAACUGAACUUGGCGUCCAACGAUGUACUCGCUGAUGGUAAUAGUCGCCCCCAGCCCGAGCUGGUCAUCUCCAUCGUCGUCGCCCCCCCCAAGACGAAAACAUCCGAAACACCCACCUCAAACACACCCCUCAACCGAUCACGAACGUCCCCUCCACCUAGACCUCGACGCCGUCCAGCACCCCCAAGCACAAAUGCAAACCCUUCAGAUCGAAAAGCACUCCUGUGUGUGGGGUGCUACAUUACCAAAAUCAAGUGGUAUAUGCCGACGGAUGUGUCCAAGGCCGCCAUGAAGGGGCCGAGGGCGGAUUGUGGUGCCGUUCGUAAGCUUAGAGCAUCCAACGGUAAGUUCUAA